AUGCGAUCACGUUUUGUCCAGCGAGAGACAACGAGAAGAAAGCAUUCAAGAUGCGAUCACGUUUUGUCCAGCGAGAGACAACGAGAAGAAAGCAUUCAUCAAGAUGCGAUCACGUUUUGUCCAGCGAGAGACAGCGAGAAGAAAGCAUUCAUCAAGAGGCGAUCAUGUUUUGUCCAACGAGAGACAACGAGAAGAAAGCUUUCUAGAUGCGAUCACGUUUUGUCCAGCGAGAGACAACGAGAAGAAAGCAUUCAAGAUGCGAUUACGUUUUGUCCAGCAAGAGAAAACGAGAAGAAAGCAUUCAAGAUGCGAUCACAUUUUGUCCAGCGAGAGACAACGAGAAGAAAGCAUUCAAGAUGCGAUCACUUUUUGUUCAGCGAGAGACAACGAGAAGAAAGCGUUCAAGAUGCGAUCAUUUUUUGUCCAGCGAGAGACAACGACAAGAAAGCAUUCUUCAAGAGGCGAUCACGUUUUGUCCAGCGAGAGACAACGAGAAGAAAGCAUUCAAGAUGCGAUCACGUUUUGUCCAGCGAGGGACAACGAGAAGAAAGCAUUCAAGAUGCGAUCACUUUUUGUCCAGCGAGAGACAACGAUAAGAAAGCAUUCAAGAUGCGAUCACGUUUUGUCCAGCGAGAGACAACUAGAAGAAAGCAUUCAAGAUACGAUCACGUUUUGUCCAGCGAGAGACAACGAGAAGAAAGCAUUCAAGAUGCGAUCACUUUUUGUCCAGUGAGAGACAACGAGAAGAAAGCUUUCUUCAAGAGGCGAUCACGUUUUGUCCAGCGAUAG